AUGCGGUCACUGCCCCUGGCUGCGCCGAGCUGGCUCCGCAGUGCUGAUGAGCCUUUGAAAUUAGUGCUGCGGACGCUGAACACGGUGCCUGCAGCACGCCUCACUUUCUUCACCUAUGUUAUCUUGCUCCAUGCCUGGGUUCUCUUCAUUCUCCAGCAGAUGGCCCUGCAUCCCUCCUCGUCUUGA